UUAUCACUUUUUAGUUAUUGGACAGGGUGGCCAAUAACUGAAUCUUGGUUCAUUCUCAUCUGUGUUCACUAUGUAGUAGGACAAUAUGUACUAUAAUCGCUAAUAUAGCGGAUUUUAAUGUAGGAGCGUUCUGGACAGUUAUUGGCCACGUGUCCAGUUACUGUCUUAUAAGUGGCCAACUACUGUAUUUUGAGAAUACAUUGUUUUUAUAGUGUCUCGCCAUGCCAAAACGUAUUGGUUAUGAAGCAGCCACAAUGGCCAAGGCUGUUUCUGAAUUUCAGAAUGGCAAUACAUCGCUUAGAGCCAUCGCAAAAAAGUACGCGGUCCCAAAAUCGACGCUUGAAUUUAAAUUAAAGAAUCCUGAUCACAAGCAAACUUUUGGACCUUCGCCUGUUCUCACAAAUUCGGAAGAAGCUACAUUAGUUAAAUGGAUUGCAGAACUUGCUCGGAAAGGAUUUCCUAGAAAAAGAGACGACAUUAUUGCAAGUGUACAAAAUUUCCUAAUAGCAAAUCCACGUCCCAACCCAUUUACGAAUAAUCGUCCUGGAGCUGGUUGGUUAAAGGCGUUUUUUAGACGCCAUCCUGAAAUCACAGAAAGAACAAGUGAAGCAGUUACUUCAGCUAGUUCAUGUGUUUCCGAAAAGGAUAUUCGAAAAUGGUUUGUUGAAGUAAAAGAUUAUUUAAAAGAAAAACAACUUGAACAAGUAAUAGAGGACCCAACUCGCAUUUUUAACGGAGACGAAACAGGUUUCCAAAUAUGUCCAGAAACAGGGAAAGUUUUGGCACCAAAGGGAAUAAAAAAUGUAUAUACCAUCGAUCAAGGGUCUUCAAAGGAAAACAUAACUGUUAUGUUCACGUUUUCGGCAAGUGGAUCAACUUGUAGCCCGAUGAUAGUAUAUCCCUAUAAAAGAAUUCCCGAAAAAAUUUCACAGUCUGUUCCAGCUAAUUGGGGAAUUGGUCGCAGCGAUAGUGGGUGGAUGACUGCCGAAGUAUUCUACGAGUAUAUUUCAAAAGUAUUCUAUCCCUAUUUAAUUGCCGAAGGUAUAACAUUCCCAGUGAUAUUAUUUGUAGAUGGGCAUAAGUCCCAUCUCACUUACCAACUCAGCGUUCUUUGCAGUAACCUAGCAAUCGAAAUUAUAGCAUUGUAUCCUAAUGCUACUCGUAUAUUGCAGCCCGCAGACGUAGCUGUUUUUCGCCCAAUCAAGGUAGCUUGGCGAAAAGCAGUAAGGAAUUGGCAGUCAGAUCAUCCAGGAGAAUCCCUAACUAAGCUUUCCUUUGCACCAUUACUAGACGAAGUCGUUAAAUCUAGUGCCAAACCCGAUAUAUUGGUAAAUGGAUUUAAAGCAUGUGGGUUGUAUCCACUAAAUGCUGACGCUAUAGAUUAUAGCAAGUGUCUGGGAAGUUCCAAGAAAAAUGAAACAUUUGACAAUAAAAUAACAGACACCACAAUGAAGUAUUCCACAUUUGCAAAUAUCGUUGGAAAUGAAAAACUUGAACAGUUUAAAAGAUUAGAUGCAGUCCUUCCAGAAGGAACAAACAACGAAGACUUUUUUGCUCUAUUUCGUAUAUGGAAACAUUUUGAAAGCACCAAGGAAGAGCCAGACCAAAUUAUAAAUUUAUCUAACGAAAAAAUUGAUAACGAAGAUUUGCCUCAAAAUAUGAUUGUAACAGAUGUGUUGUCAGAACAAGAAAGUGGCAAUACAAAAGAGGCAGAUGGAGUAAUCGCCAGUACUACUGACCAACACAUUACAACUGCAAACGUAGAGGUACCAGAAAAUAACGAGGAUUCGCCCCAACAUAUGAUUGUAACGGAUGAGUUGCCAGAACAAAACAGUGAUAUUAAUACAAAAGAGACUGAUGGAGCAAUUUCCAGAACUACUCACCAACAGAGAACAACUGCAGUGGUAGAUGUAGCUAAUAAUGUCUCUAUCGCUGAGUUUCUUGACUGGCCAGAUUCACCCAAACGUAAAGGAAAACGAGAGACCGAAAGGUUGCCGUAUGCUGUAACUUGUAAUAAAUAUCAGGAAAUGCUAGCAGAGAAACGUGCUAAGAAGAAAGAAGAAGAAGAACAGAAAAACAAAAAACGUGCUCUAAAGAAAGAAGCAGACGAAGUCAGAGCGAAGAAGAAGAAAGAAGAUCAGGAACUCAAAGAGAUCAGAAAACACCAACAAAAUAUUAAAAAAUUAGAGAAAACUCAGAAGAAAGCAUCAAACGUUUCACGUAAAAAUAAAUUAUGUGCGGCUAAUAAGAUAACAUGCUAUGUUUGUGCCAAAAUAAUAAAAUGCAAUGAGUUGUCUUGUGACGAAUGUAAACAAUCAUUUCACAAAUCGUGUAUUCCAGCGUCUCAUAAACAACAUAUUCCAGACCCUACUGAUAACGAUACUUUUCUAUGUCAUAUCUGCUACAAGGAAGAAUCGGAUAGCGAUGUGGACACUGAAAAAGAAGAAGAACAAGAAAGUGAAGAAAAUGAAAUCGAGGAAGAGAGGCCACCAGCUGAAACCGAAGAACAAGAAGAUAAAGAAAAUGAAAAAGAGGAAGAGAGAACACUAGCGGAAACAGAAGAAGAAGAAAAGGAAAUCGAUGAAUUAUAUAAUAUGUAUACUUCUGCAAUAAAACAUAUAUAUUAAAAAGUUAUACGUGUUACUUACUAAAAAACACUACGUAAACCUUAAAAAAAGGUGUGCCCAAUAACUGUAAAAAUAAUGUCCAAUUACUGUAAAAUGUGUCCAAUAACUAUGUAUUCUGGCAGAGUUGUUUAAAAGUAAUUUCAGAGUUGUUCCUUAUAACAACUACCAAAACUUAAUAUUUUUUUCUGAAAAGUUAAGCAAUUAUGGAACAAGUGGUUAUUUCAUAUUUACAUAUUUGCAAAUGGGUAUGUAUUUAUUGAAUUUUUAAAAUAUCAAUAUCCUUAAGUGUCCAAUAACUGUAUGGUUU